UUCAAAAACUGCUGCAAUUCAAUUCAUCGAAAACCCAAAUCCAGCGAUCAAGUGAGACCCAGAAAGAAAGAAUGGGGGAAGCAAAUUGUCAAAAGUAUGGAGUUCCUCUUUAUGGAGCUGCUUGGGUUCUAUUGAGGGAUCUCUAUAAUAAGAAAAAUCAUCCUCAAAAACAAGAAGAAGAAAAAGAAGAGAAAAAGAGUGAACCUGCAGAAAAAAUAAUUAACAAGAAUUCAUGGUUGGUUCUUUCUGGUGGUGGUGGUGCAGGAAGUAGUGGGAUUCCAAAUUCCUUACUUCUAACCCAAUUCGAUUCCUCUUCGAAUUCCCUCUCCGAAACUCCGGUGGCUAGACAUGGGACUGGUAAUCUUUUACCUUAUAGGAUGGCAGUUCAUCCAGGUGGAGAUGGCCUUAUUUGUGCGUUCCCUGAAAGUUGCAGAUGGUUCGAGUGGAAUGUACCAACGAGCAUGGAAACAAAUGAUUUGGGCCUGAGAGCUUCUGAGGGGGUGCUUACAGAAUUGGAAGAUGUUGGGCAACAGUUAGCAUUGGCAUUUAACAAGGAAGGUUCUGAACUUGCUGUUGGGAGUGAGGAUGGCCACUUGAGAGUCUUCAAGUGGCCUAGUAUGGCACUUGUUAUUGAUAAAGCUGAUGCUCACCCAACUCUGAAGGAUCUGGAUUUCAGUCUUGAUGGGAGGUUCCUUGUCUCCUUGGGAGGUGGUCCGUGUCGGAUUUGGGAUGUCGAAACAGCAACAGUUGUAGCUUCUUUACUGAGGGAAAAUGAUGAGGUUUUCACCUCCUGCAGAUUUUCCGUGAAUGGUAAUGGCACCCAAAUUCUUUACAUUACAGCAAUGAGAGAUCGUGGAGGCAGUAUCGUGUCCUUUGACACAUCCUCAUGGACGAGAGUGUCCUCGAAGAACCUAGUGCGCGACCCUAUUUCUGCGUUCAAUGUAUCUCCUGACGGAGAACACCUUGCCAUCGGAACAAUCCAAGGAGAUGUAUUUGUAUAUAAAUCCAGUAAUACACGAGUGGCAUCAAUAAUUAAGAAAGCACACCUUGGUCUAGUUACUGCAUUGAAGUUCUCUGAAGAUUCUAGGUUGCUGGUCUCUGCAUCCAUGGACUCCAGUGUUAGGGUGACCAAAGUCGAAGAAGACACGACACUUAAGGGAUUGACGAUUUUGGUUUUUGUACUUCAAGGCUUUUGGUUUAUAAUGAUGAUCGCCAUAAUUUUUCUUCUGGCAUAUUACCACUGGAAUGACAAACCCCUUCCUUUUGCUUAUUAGAAAGCUAACCCCUUCCUUCCAAAGUUGGUUUAGUAUCCAAUAUAGUGAGAGAGAUACAAGCUCCAUUCGUAACUCUUCAAUCUUCACCAGAAAAACCACUGGAGCAAAUGAUCAACAUAUAUCAAGCCUUAUUUUUGGAUCUUGUAUCUAUAUUCCGGUUCCAGAUUUAUAGUCUUUAGUUUCUACAUGAAGCAUUUUCCGGGAAUUGUAUUUUAACGGUUCAUUUUCAAACACAUUUUCUAACAACUUAACCAGUUCUCAAAAAUUAUGAAUUCUGUUGCUGUUUGAUAUUUUUGUUAAUCCAUAGAAUGAAAAUGGUGUACGAAGUGAUUAUACCUAUAGCAUACUUUUUCUGAA